GCAAAACAGAGAGAGCAGAAAAAAAUUAUGCUCGCUCUAGCUGGGUUUUAGUAUGUGAACUAUCUAUGCUGGUAAAGGCAAAGGAGAAAAGCAAAGACUCAGCGUUUCAUACAAGCUAUGCAAGAACAUCAGGAUUCCUUUUCUUAUGACCAUACUCCAAUGAACACCAAGGUUAAUGACGAUGAAGACAAAAGUGGGAAGAAGAGGUGUUGCCCAUUUCAAAAACUGGGCUGUAAAUUCAAGGGAGGAAGAUCGAAAAUGAAGAGCCACGAGGCCUCGGCCUUCUCCUGUCAUGUCGGGCUCCUGCUGGACGAUGUUGUCAGGCUGGAGAGGCAAGGCACCAUUCUGGGUGAUUGGGGAAGAAUAGAGGCUGGAGCCGAAGCUCUUCGCCCCCAGAUUAGAAGACUACAAGACAGGCUCCACUGUACAGAGGUGACUGAGGAGAUGCAAGAACUGAGUCUGGCCGUGCACUCUUUACAGAUUCGCCUUCCAGACCUGGAUAAACAAGCACUUGCUUUAGAGAAUGAGUUGGCUUUGACUUCCAUGGCUAUUGAGAAGUGUCAAGCGCUGGUGGAGAGGAGUGCAAGACAGUUUGAUUCCAACAAGCAGCUGUUAACAGCGCUGCAGGAUAAGGUGAGACAGGUUGAGCAAGGCUUAAAUCUCUGUUUGUCAGUCAGAAACUUUCCAAAGGAGGUGGCCCACAAGGGUGUGUUUAUCUGGAGAAUUCCACUGUUUCACCGCAGAAUACAGGAAGCCAAAGAUGGCACAAGACCUUGUUUGGAUUCUGAUGAUUUCUACACAAACACUUAUGGAUACAGACUGAAAGCUCGCCUUUAUCUCAAUGGUAAUGAACAGGGAAAAGGAACUCACCUUUCCCUGUAUUUAAUGAUCCUCAAAGGGGAUUUUGACAGUCUGUUACAGUGGCCUUUUUCAGAAAUGGUUAAAAUCUCCAUCAUAAAUCAAGGUAACAAAGAGGACUCAGUGGUAUAUCACCUGGCUCCAAACAGCUCAUUGGUCCAAGCACUGAAGAAGCCAUGCGAGAUUGGGAAUGUGCCUUUUGGGUUGUCCUGUUUCAUGUCUUUGGAGGAGCUCUACAGGAGGCGUGCAGAACUUGUGCAUGACAACACACUGUUCGCAAAGAUUGAAAUUUAGACCACUUUCCAGAAGAGAGAAUCCAAGGUUUUGUUGUGUCCUACAGUAUAGCUGAAUUGGAAUCAGAUGGACUGCUCGCGCAAUUCUACCCCGUUUCAAAACCUGGGAAAAUGAACCUUUGUGAGAAACCAAGGCAUUAACUAGGACAGGUUGUGAACCGAACAAACAUCCUGCCCUGCUGCACAGCUGUUCUCAGAAAACAGACAAAGUGUUUGAUUUCACAUCAUACAUAUGAAGAUGACCCUCUCUUUAACUUGCACUGUUUUAAAGUUGUGUUGGUUUUCUUUGGGAAUCUCAAAAUACAGAACACAAACCACUAUGACUUCUUCUGCAUCACUUCUCAGACAGGACACUUCAGGGUGUUAAGCACAGCGCUGCUUAGCACGAUUGAGUGACGUAACCUUUUGUUUCAUAAUCAUUUCAUGACCAUCCCUUGUCGUCUGUCAUUUUUGUUUUUCACUAUUAAGUGACUCAACAGAAUUUUCCCAGUGGGGAAAUGUACUGUAGCAAGUCCCCCUACACAGUCUUCUUAUACGGGGUCAUGUUAAAAAGGCCAGUAACUUUGCGUCUUCUGUCUUUACCAGACACUUGCUUAGUGUGUUAUAGUUUAGGAAAUGAGAAAGGGCUGAAACACGGGGAAACCGAAAAAAAUCUGACAAAAGUCAAAGAAGGUACUGCAAUCUAUUUAAUCAUUUACCUGUGUUUAAUAGCUGCUUGAUAUGAACCGCUGCUACAGUACACGCUUAUAUUUAGCACUGUAAUGGUGAGGUCAACAGCUUAUACUGUAUAGCUUUAUAUUGGUUUGAAAAUGUAAUCAAAAUUAUAAUAAAAUAUGUGAAACAUG